AUGACGCAUCUGUCAGCAUGGUCUGCCGCAACAGCAGCAGCAACAGUGCUGAUGCUGCAGCUCGUAGUGCCCAUCCUUCUACAGUUUUCAACCUGCUCCGCUGUCAGUCACAAUGUUGACAAUUUUGAUGGGCUUGCUGAAGCCUCCUCCCUGACCAGGUCCAACCCCAGCACCCACAACGAGAACACCUUUGACAUGCAUUAUGACAACUCGCAACCCGACUCCAGUUCCAGUGCCAGUGCCAGCCUGCUGCUGCCGACCAACAAUGAGACGAGGAUACUGCGACGUGGCAAGCGAUAUCUCCAGUUCAGCAAGGGAUCCCGUAUGUCGUGGCGCACCAAUGGCAAGAACACUCUGCUCACAAUCAAUACGCUGUACGCCUAUGGCUAUGGCUUCCGCACCAAUUAUCCCUUUCCGUCAAUCGAGGACCAAAAGAAGGACAAUGCCGUCUUCUUGCGCCUCUUCAAGCGGGAUUUAUUCUCGAAACUAGAGACAGCUCUGGAUGGACAUGGCUUUGAUGGUCGGGCCUGUAUGCUGAAAUCCUUCUGCACGGCUGUGCUGGAUGUGGACAAGUCGGAGCAGAAGAGCGGCAUGCUCUUCAAGCUUCUCAAAUUGAUAUUCAGUCGUGCCAAGCGAUAUCUGGAUAUCAUAGAAACCACACGCAUAUUUGUGGGUACAAUUGAACAGGCAAAUCGCCAGUUGCUUAUACAGAAAUCCCCUUUCCCCUUUUUAAAGUUUCGCGUGAAUGCCAAGAACAAUGUGAUCGCCUCGCCCACUGUGUGGGCGCAUGGCUAUGGCUUUCGUGCCAAUACCCCGGUGCUGGUUAAAUACGAGAAUCGACCCUUCAGAAGGGACACCUACGAGCUGCUCCACGAGCUAAUCGAUCGAAGUGGCUUCGAUGGGCGGGCGUGUGUACUGAAGGCAUAUUGCACCGCUCUGGCCGGGGAUCAUGGUCAGGGAUUUCUCUUUAAGCUUUUAAAAUAUGUCUUUACCCUGGACGAACACGAAAAGCGUCAUAUGCCGCAUCUGCGCGAGGAGAACUGCGAACAAAUCAUGCAUAGCCAUUGCCCACUGAGCUUUGACAGCAUUUCCCCCUACACGGACGAUGUUUGA